AUGGCCCGCAGCACGGUGCAGUACAAGUUCAAGAGCCAGACGGCGGUGCAUACGGUGCAGUUCGACGGCCCUUCGAUCCGCGUCCUCGACCUCAAGGCUGAGAUCAUCCGCACGCAGGGCAUUAACAAGGAUAUGUGGGCCAAGUCAGACCUCGAGAUAUCCAACGCGCAGACCUCGGAGGUCUUCGCGCCCGACUCGAGCGUGGGACGCAACGUCGCGGUGCUCGUGAGGCGCGUGCCGGCCCAGCGGCGCGCUCCGAUCACGUCAAAGAUCAUGGAGCGCGAGCUUUCGCUCGACGGCGACGGGCGUGACGAAGGCUCGCCGCCGCCAGGGUCCGCCGGCGGGCCCUCGCUUGCCGGGGCGCCCGCCGCACCGCCGCUCGAGGAGGAGACGCGCGCCGUGGCGCGGACCGCCGGCCGGUACGCCUCCAAGCUGAUCUGCCCGCUCACGGGCCGACUCUUCGAAGACGCCGUCAUCACCACAUGCUGCGGCACCUCCUUCUCGCAGGGCGCGCUACAGGACGCGCUGCGCAUGCGCGGCGCCUGCCCCGAGUGCAAUACCGCAGCUGCAUCUGUCCGCACGAUACCCAACCGGCUACUGCGAGAGGCGGUCGCAGCGGCUCGCAGGAAGGAUGGAGAGGAGUCGGCCGCCGAGCCCCCUGCCGUGGCGACGACGGCUGGCGGGGCUCCCGCGGUCUCGACCACGCCGCCCGCACCGCCGACGCGACCUCCGCCGGAUGAGUCAGCAGUGGUGGUAAAAGUGGAGGGCGGGGAGCGCAAGAGGCCACGAGAGGAAGCCUGA